ACCCCCGCUGCCUCUCUCACUUUCUCUUCCUCUCUUCUCAUUCCCCAUACCCUGCUUAUCUAUCAGUAUGUCUAUCUAUGGGACAUGUCUCCAUGUGUCUUUCCAUUGUCUCCCUAUUCGUUUAUCUUUGCGCGGUGAACACUCGUAAUCCUAGCCACUUCAACGUCCCGACCACUUCUGUUGCGCCACUUCUCCGUAGAUUAAACCAAGCAAUGACUACGUUUGUUGUCGUGCAUAUCUUCGUAAUGCAAAACAUGACUCACAUUGCAUCUGUCCGUACAUUCAGCUCGCUUGGGGAUGACCUCUCAUGCCCUUUUUGGUCAAGGGAAGCGAAACGGCCGCGAGCUGUCCCUCUAUAAAUCACUUCACGAUAGAGCCUGGUCAUUCCUCUUGAUUGACAGCCACUGGAGAAGAGAGAGAGGGACAGAGGGGAAACAGAGAGAUACAGUGAGGGAACACAUGCAGUGAGAAGAGAGAGAGAGGAAGCGUUGAAACAGAGGCGAGAAAGUAGCAUAAGAGAAAAAAAAAGAGAGAGAGAGAAGUCAAUCGGUCUGUCAGACUCGAGACAGUUUUGUUUCUUUCGGCAGUUAUUGGCUAGCCCAAUAGCCAUGGGCGGGGGAAUUCUUGGGGUUCCCUCGAGCUUACGGCCGGAAUUUCUUGUCGUUGUAUUUGUCCUGAUUGUCUGCAAGGUUGGAGCGCAGAACGAAAAUGAGGGAGGUAACUUCACAGAAGCAGACUACUAUUCCAUGGUACCAUAUUACGACUCCAGUCGUUACGUCUCCGACCCGGCUCUGCGAAGGGCGUGCUACACUCUGCGCUUCCUAUUGGCCAGCCACUCAGCCGUCCGCCAAUCAUUUUAUCGCAUGUCUGGCCGCGUGGCUGUGAUUGGUGUGAACGAAGGCACGACGAGCAUCCCCGAGCACAGCCAUUUGCCGCCGUGGUGGAACCAAAGAGCUCGCGGACUAGGAGCCACGCCCUCCGCCCCAGUGUCCACGGGGGGCGAGGAGAAUGUCCUUUGUCUUAGAACCGACCGUUACAACCAGGACAUCUAUUUACACGAGUCUGCCCACGGUGUCCAUCUCCUAGGAGCCGCCUAUGGUAUCCCCGGCUGGGACCGACGACUCCGCAGUCUGUACAACCAGGCCAGGUCUCGCGGUCUCUGGGCCAACACCUACAGUAUGUCCACGCCAGAGGAGUACUUUGUGAGCUCCUGCAUGUGUCAGCGAUACUUUUACUUUUACUUGUCACAGUUGACCUCCAAGACAGUUAACUGGACGUCUCAAAACGGGGAAAAAAUGACCACAAAGGGAGAAAUGAGAAGUGACUGCUUGUGACAGCGAUACUUUUACUUAACACAGUUGACCUCUAAGACAGUUUUAGUUUUAGUAGAGGUUUUAAGGUCAUAUGAGCGCCAGA